GGCCAAUCGCCCUGGCGGGCAUAAAGUGGCUGCUAGCCCACAGGGCUCCCAGCCAGGAGGUGUCACCCCCAGCAGGCGCCGGCCGGAGCUCGGGCACCCAGCAUGCAGGCACAGCUUUUGCGGAGGACCCUGCCCAGUCUGGUCCUUGGACUCCUGUUCCUGAGCACGCCGGCCAUGGGCAUCUGUUUGGACAAGUACCAAGAGCUGUUUGGGCAGCUCCAGAAGCAGACGGAUAUCAUGCAGUGCACCAGCUUGCUCCUGGACCCCUAUAUCAAAAGCCAAGGCCUGGACAAGGAUGGACUGAAGGAGCACUGCCGGGAGCGCCCGGGGGCCUUCCCCAGCAAAGACGCCCUGCAGCGGCUGAGCAAGAGGGAAUUCCUGCGCACCCUCCACACCAUGCUGGGCAGCAUUCUGCACAGACUGACUGCCCUGCAGCGGGAUGUCCCCAAGGCCCAGGACUUGGAGACGCUGAAUAGGGCAAAGCAGAACAUUCGCGGGUUCAGGAACAACAUCCACUGCAUGGCCCGGCUGCUUCCAGACUCCUCGGAGACAACGGAGCCCACUCCCGCAGUCCCGGCGACAUCUCCGUCGCCCACCCCCACCUCAGACACCUUUCAGCGCAGGCUAGAGGGCUGCAGGUUCCUGCACGGCUAUCACCGCUUCAUGCACUCCGUGGGGCAGGUGUUCCAAGAGUGGGGGGAGAGCCCGAGUCGGAGACGGAGACACAGCCCCCACGGGGGCCUGCGGAAGGGGGUCCGCAGGCUGCAACUGUCCAGGAGGAACAAGAGACUCCCACCCAGGGGGCAGCUGCCCCGGUAGCCUUAGGGGCGCCCCCGGCAGAUAAAGGAUCCACAGGUACUCUGUAGGAUGACAUCUCCCCGGGGCCUCCAAACCUGCUCCCCUCUGUUUCCUCCCUCUCAGAAGUGCACUUUAAGGGGUGGGAGCCAGGCAGGCCCCUCUACCUUCUCCGGGCUGGGAGGGUCGGGUCAGGCCAUUGAGCCCCUAGCCCUGAGUUCCCCAGUCUCGGUGGGGUGGCCGGGUCAUGCCACGCGGGGCCAACUUUCCAUUGAUUCAGGGGUCUGAUGACACAGGCUGACUCAUGGCCAGACUGACUGCCCCCCCUGCUAUGCUCGCCAGAAGCCUGCUGGCCCUUCCCUCUCAUGACUUGCAGGGCUGUUGCCCCCAGACUUCCUCCUUUCCAUGGUGGCAUGGUUCCGAGGGGGAGGUCAGGGCCUGAGCUGGCCUCCUAUGCCUCAUUGCCAGUCUCAGGCCAGACACCUGUACAUCUGGGUGACCUCACUUUAGGCAGCUAUGACAGGGGCAGAGUGUUGUAGGAGCACUGAUCUGGGGGUGGGGGGAGUCUAAGAAUAGGGCUCGGGUCCCAGCUCAACCCCUAACUCACUGUGUGGCCUCAGGCAGGCCACUUUACCUCUCUGGACCUCAGUUUUCUCUUUGUGAUUCAAGGGAGUUGGUGUAAAGCCCUCUCUGCUUGCCAGUCGCUGGGAUUCGACGACAUAGAGUGGCUAUCAAAUGCAGUGCAAAUGGACAUGACCUGAAGACUUGAGUUCUCUGUAGACCUACUGCCUGGAAGGGCGGGGUGUUGGGUCCCGGCUGCGGGCUGCUCCCCCUGGUGGUGCAUCAUGAAAUUUUCUCAUGCUGAAACAAUGGUUCUGGAGGGGGGCCCAGAAGCUGCUGGGCCAAUUCUUUGGAGGGAUAUGACUAAUUUAUCGAUUUUUAUCAGUUUUUAUCUGUUUCCUAUUUAUAAGGCUUAUUUAUGAUGUAUAUUUAAUGUUAAUAUUGUGCCAACAUAUAUUUAAAACUUGCCUGGUUUCUAAA